AGGGGGAGACGGGCAACCUAUACUGAACGCUGUAAGUGUAGUUUUUAUUUAUAUCGAAUAUUGAAAUCCACUUACAUAGUUUAAGUCUCUGCCGGUGUGGCUGGUAAUAACGUUCAACCUUGCCCCGGCUUUAGUUUACAUAAAUAUGAGCGGCAGCGGGCGGCCCAGGACCAGCUCAUUCGCUGAGCCUCCCGGAGCUCCCGGAUCUGCUGCAGCCGGUGCCGGAUCGUCAGUAGCCGGCGGAAGCUCGACAGGAAAAGCUGGGGCUUCACAAGCCAGUGGAAGCAGCUCGACGAGCUUUGGGAAUUUGAAACUUCCUAGAGACAGUGGCAAAGUGACGACAGUGGUAGCCACACCUGGCCAGGGCCCCGAUCGCCCUCAGGAAGUGUCCUACACAGACAUUAAGGUUAUAGGAAAUGGGUCCUUUGGAGUCGUCUACCAGGCACGCCUCAUCGACAGCCAGGAGAUGGUGGCAAUUAAGAAAGUUCUCCAAGACAAAAGGUUUAAGAAUAGGGAGCUGCAAAUUAUGAGGAAAUUGGACCAUUGCAACAUUGUGAGGCUACGUUACUUCUUCUACUCCAGCGGAGAGAAGAAAGAUGAGGUGUAUUUGAAUCUUGUGCUGGACUACGUCCCGGAGACAGUGUACAGGGUGGCUCGGCACUUCAAUAAGGCCAAGACCACCAUCCCCAUCAUUUAUGUUAAGGUGUACAUGUACCAGCUGUUCCGCAGUCUGGCUUAUAUCCAUUCCCAGGGUGUGUGUCACAGAGACAUCAAGCCUCAGAACCUCCUGGUGGACCCAGAGACGGCCAUCCUCAAACUCUGUGACUUUGGCAGUGCAAAGCAGCUGGUUCGAGGGGAGCCAAAUGUGUCCUAUAUUUGCUCACGGUACUAUCGUGCCCCAGAGCUCAUAUUUGGCGCCACCGACUACACAUCCAACAUUGACAUCUGGUCAGCCGGCUGUGUGUUGGCUGAGCUGUUGCUGGGGCAGCCCAUCUUCCCCGGGGACAGUGGUGUAGACCAGCUAGUAGAGAUCAUCAAGGUUUUGGGGACACCAACAAGGGAGCAGAUCCGGGAGAUGAACCCUAACUACACAGAGUUCAAAUUCCCACAGAUCAAAGCACACCCUUGGACAAAGGUGUUUAAGCCUCGUACCCCACCAGAGGCCAUUGCCCUCUGCUCUCGACUGCUGGAAUACACACCAGUGACCAGGCUGUCUCCCUUGGAGGCAUGUGCGCACGCCUUCUUUGAUGAGCUGCGCCAGCCCAACACCCGCCUGCCCAGUGGACGAGAACUGCCGCUUCUCUUCAACUUCAGUCCCGUUGAGCUGUCUAUCCAGCCCCAGUUGAACUCCACACUCAUUCCUCCUCACGCUCGUGCACAGACAUCGCCUGCCUCACAUGAGGGCAGUGUGUCAGACAGUACCGCCCAGCCCAGCUCAGCACCUGGAUCCCUCAACAACAGCACCUGAGCAUUAAUCCCUCUGUCAUAUUUUCUGUUUCUUCCCCCAUUUUCCUUUUCUUUCCUCUGCUCCUCUCCCUCUCAACCUUCCUCCUGGCUCCAAACCCCUACAAUAGAGAAAAAAAACCAACAACUAGACAUACCCACAUAAACACUCAGCAUUGCUAUGUUCCCUGAAUGCUAACAAUUUCCAGUAGAAAACGAUGCCUACAGCUCCUUGCUUCAGAAAGCUGUGGGUUGUUUUAAAAACAACAUUUUUGGUAACUGAGCUUCAGCUUAAAAUAAGCUGCAGCUUUACGUCCGGGGUGGCCCUUGUCUGGCUUCUAAGAAUAAUAAACCUUUACAUUGGUUAGGUAGGAUGUUUAGGAGAUGUGGAGGAGGGUUGUACAUGUCGUGUAGAUUUUCUGUAUUAUAAUCAAUCCUUUUUAAAGUUUGUUUUAUUUACAUUAGCUAAUUUUUAUGUGUGGCCGUGGUGCCAUAGGUUUGGAUCCUGAUUGGCUAUAAAAACUGAGAAUGAGGGCAGCGUUUAAGGCCUCACUAAUAUUGACAAUCAUCCUCAGUCGGGUCAAAAAAUGGCAGACUUGUACUGUACAUAGCGUUUGAUUGUACAGCCCACUGUGUAGACUAGUGGCUCUACUGUCUCUUUCUCCCCUGAACUCGACUCAAGUUAUCAGUUUACCAAGCCCAGUGGCGAACACGCGAAGAAUAUUUUUUAGUGUUCCACUUUGCUGCAAGACAGAACAUACUGGCAUUUUAGAUAGGAAGUGGUUUUAAAUUUUAUUGCAAAGGAGAGCACCACAGCCGGUCUUUACGGUUUGUUUUCUUGAGUAUUAGCUCCUUAACUGCCUUUUAUUUGAAUGAGAGGGAGCUUUAUACGAGCAGAGUGCAUAUCUUCAGUUUCUUCAUUAUAAGCUCAUGUCUUCAUUGGUUAAGCUGGAAACCAAGCGUUUCGUGUUGAUCCUCAAGUGAGUGUUGCACAUCUCCAAAGGGUGUAGAGGGAAACAAGAGGGGGCAAGUUAUGUGUACUGUCCAGCUGUUAACAUAACGUCACACAGAGAGAAGCCGUCACUGUGGGCCUCCAGUGUUGCGUCUGACACGGAAGCCUCAAUGUCUCAAAUGUAAUUAACACAGUCGCCUGGCAUUGUAGGGUGAAUAAUCACCUCAUUAAUUUUGUCACUUUACGGUGUUGGGUUUCAUAUCAACGAGAUUGUGUUGAAGACCGAAUACAGGUGCGGGGGGAGGGGGGGUAUAGACAAACUACUGGAUGCUCUCACCUGCGCUCACUUGACUCAUCGCUGUCAUCUCAGCCAGUAUACACAGUUAGUGUUUGUGCAGGACUGUGAAUUCAUUUUAUUUGGUUUGUGAGAGUGAUUUGUUGAAGUCCUCUUUGCCCCUUUCAAAACAGCCUGCCUUUGAUACUCAUAUCAUGUUGUUCUCGUCCUGUAUUGGUGGUCAGAGCUGAUCUGGAACGAUUAGCGCAGCUAUCGGUCCUUCGCCGACAUGGACUACUUUUCUUUCUUCCAACACGCACAUGUGCAUGUUCAGUCCAAGUUUACCACACUAUGUUACUUCCACUGAUAUCAGUAAUAAUCUGACCAGGAAUUAUGCUCAAACCCCUGAAACCCAACAGCUUUUGGAGCCUCCCCUCCCUUUCCUUCUUGUUUUCAUCCCUCUGCCUUUUGCUUCCUCCUAUCCUCCUUUUUUCACUGCUAAACUGUAAAUAUCAAGUACCUUUUAUUUUAUUUUGUUAUUUUUGUUAUUAUUGUUAUUAUAUUGUUGUUCUUGUAAUUUUUUUUUUUUCUCUAGUAGACCGGUGCAGCAGCAGCCGGACUGUUUAUCCUCAGUCGCAGUCUGUAAAUAUGAUUUCAUUUCAGUCCCUGGUUCAGGAGGGGAAAACAGAACAAAAUGUUUCAUUUUUAUUCUCUCUCCCUUCAUUUCUCUCUUCACAACUUUCCCCUUUCACCAUAAUUGCUGUCAUAACUGUUUUAUUUAUUGUAUUGUGUUUUCGGGGGGAGGGGU